AUGGGGCUCCUUUCCAAGCUUGGCUUAAUCGCCGCCGCCUUGAUCGCUGUGGGUUUCCAGGUAUAUCUCAAACAAGCAACAUGGCUCGGUCUUGGCAUUGGGAGGUCGAUACAGCCGCUUUCCGACUUCCCUUAUGAUUGCCGCCGCAUCGACAAUGACCCCCGGCUGCAGGCAUGCGAAGACAUGUGGUUGUCUGAAAACAGUCGCGUACUGUACCUCGCGUGCUCUGACCCCAUUGCGCGAACUCAGUGGCUCCCCAACAAUCACAAGCUGAACGUGACUGGACGAUCUCAAAAGGACGCCAUUGUGGCUCUCCAGAUUGAUGCACCAUCUGGGAAAUCGUUCGAGUACACAACCCUCCAACCUUCCAAUUACGCUGGAACUGCCGGAGAUGGACUCCUCAGUCUAGUCGGCAUGACUGGCGUCGACGUCUCGGUCGAUGGAGAAGAGGAUAGGGUGGAGCUCCUGCUCGUCAACGCCCGCCCGUCGCUCGAUAGCGUGGGUCAAAUCUCACUCAGUCAGGCCGCGGGUGCCAACGCCACGAUCGAAGUGUUCGAGGUCCGGGGCCGUCACUCCGCUACCAUGAACCACCUUCACACGGUCGCGCACAAGGACAUCACCACGCCUAACAACGUUGCCUUGGCAUCUGGGAGCCGCACUCGGUUUUACACCACAAACGACCACGGCGCUCACAAAGUAGGGCUAAUGGCUCACUUGGGCGGCUUUCUCAAUGUUGGAAACGUCGUGCUCUGUACCGUGGGCCAAGGCUGCCGCGUCGUGUCGGAAGGCCACAAAUUCCCCAACGGGCUGGCGCAGCAUGGCGGAUUCGUCUACGUUCCCAGUUCCAUGACCGGGGUUAUCCAGGUUUACCGGAUCAAGGAGGACGAUGAGCUCGAAAAGGUUGAGGACAUCGUCAUCGACUAUUCGCUAGACAAUUUGUCUGUCGAUGCCAACGGCGACAUCUACGUCGCUGCGUUCCCCAAGGGUAUUGAUAUUCUGCUGGCGUUCAACGACCCCCUCCACGCUAAGCCGAGGUCGACCAUAUUCCGCGUGCGCAAGGGGCAGACGGAAGCCACUCGGCGACUUUUCUUAAGCGGUGUCAUAUCGCCAUUCAUCACAGUUUGCGAGCCAAGGCCGUAA